AUGAAGUCCUCUUCCGUACCCCCGCCUGAAGUAACGGAUCUCUGGGCCAUCGCACCCGACCAAAAGGCCUACUAUCUUUCUCAGUUCUUGAGGCUGCAAUCGGAUCCAAGCGGCUAUCUUAGUGGAUUACAAGCAAAAUCCUUUUUUGAAUUGUCGAAGCUUCCCAUUCAAGACCUUUCUAGUAUAUGGGAACUAUCGGAUGUAGACUGUGAUGGCAAGCUGACCCUAAGCGAAUUUUGCGUGGCGAUGCAUUUAGUGGUGUUGCGGCGUAACAACGUGCUGCUUCCGAAGCAAUUGCCCCAAACACUUCGGCGUGAGGCCACUUCGAGUGCCCUCUCUGCUGUCAAUCUCCCGCGUCGUUCUUCGCCUGAUCAACCUCUUUCUCCACCCUCUCCUCCAGGAAGACGAGCCCACGCAGUCUGCAGCGUCACAGACGGUCCGGCAUCUGUUUUGGAGCCGCCUCGAGUUGUACCUCGCCUCGUCCUCAGUGAACACCACUCAUUGGACUCCGCCGCUCCAACAGGCUUCAGCUGCCCUGACGCUGACACUUUGGCUGUUCGACAGCGCCGAUGGUCCACCUCCAGUCAGAGUGAUGUGGUUUCACUGACGGAGAGUGCGGUUCCCUCUUUUGAUGGUCGCCUGGCACCGAACGCACAAGUGAGCUUUAUGAUGUUUUGUUUUUGUUUCGGGGCGUCUGUGACCAUUAAAAGUAAAAUUGUCUGCAAGUAUCUGUGUGUUUAUCCUAUCCACGUACCCAAACAGCUCCACUAUCCGAUUCCGAUCCGCGCGGGUGCCGCCCUUGCCUCCUUCCAGUCGCCGCCGUCAAUCAGACGCUUCAACGCUGUUCAACCUCUGGAUUUACCACCAAGGGGACCGCCGCUGACUGGAGUCCCGUCCAAUUCAACAGUCUCUGCG